AUGUGGUUUAAGGUAGUUGGACAGAUUCAUUGGUCUUUUGCAAUUCAGAGGCUACCGGCGAAGGAUACUCUACAUAGUGAUAGGUGCGAGUUCUCUUUCUGCAUCUCACCAUAUUAUCUCCGCUUUAUAUCCUUUUUAUUUGCACUACUUCAUGGGCUAAAAGUUGUUUGUGGGACUCCAUGUGUGAUUGUAUUUUUGAUCUACAAAUGGCGAAGGAGACAUUUAUCAGUAUACGAUACAGUUGAACAAUUCCUACAGGGUCAGAAUAACCUGAUGCCAGUAAGGUAUUCCUACUCAGAUAUCAGGAAGAUUACUAGAGGUUUCAAGGACAAAUUGGGUGAAGGAGGCUUUGGUACAGUUUACAAAGGAAAGCUUCGCAGUGGGCGUUUUGCAGCAGUAAAAUUGUUGGGAAAAUCGAAAGCUAAUGGACAGGAUUUCAUAAAUGAAGUUGCUACCAUAGGAAGGAUUCACCAUACUAAUGUGGUGCGGCUAAUCGGUUUUUGCGCCGAAGGAUCAAAGCGUGCUCUUGUAUAUGAUUUCAUGCCUAAUGGAUCUCUUGAUAGACACUUGUUUUCUCGAGAAGGAUCAAUCUCUUUAAGCUGGCAAAAACUGCAUCAGAUUUCCCUUGGAGUGGCUCGUGGUAUCGACUAUCUUCAUUUAGGCUGUGACAUGCAAAUACUUCAUUUUGAUAUCAAGCCUCACAACAUUCUUCUCGAUGAAAAUUUCACUCCAAAAGUUUCUGACUUUGGGCUCGCUAGGUUGUACCCAACAAAUGGCAGCAUCACGUCUCUUACUGCAGCAAGGGGCACCAUAGGAUACAUGGCUCCUGAACUGUUCUACAAAAACAUUGGACGCGUCUCAUAUAAAGCUGAUGUUUAUAGCUUUGGAAUGCUGCUAUUGGAAAUGGCAGGUAAAAGGAAGAAUGUAAACGCUUUGGCAGAAAAUUCAAGUCAAAUCUACUGGCCAUAUUGGGUUCAUGACCAAGUAUCUGAUGGAAAGGCCAUAGAAAUCGGAGACGAUGCCACUGAGGAAGAAAGUAAGAUCGUGAAGAAGAUGAUUAUGGUUGGAUUGUGGUGUAUACAAAUGAAACCAAUGGAUCGGCCUACAAUGAAGAAUGUUGUGGAGAUGCUUGAAGGAGAUUUGGAAAACUUGCAAUUGCCUCCUAAGCCUGUCUUAAAUCUAGAUGAGACGCCAACAAACAUUGAAGGAGAGUCAUCAUCGUUGUCAGGUGAGUCUACCGAAUCAACCAGUUUGGUUGAAAAUGCGUACUGAGUGAUACGAUGUGGAAUGCUCUGCUUGCUUACAUGCAGGGAAAAUGAUAGCAAAUGGCUAG